AUGGAGAAGACAAUGCCGGCUGUUCACCUUCAAAAGCGUAUUAGCCAGCUUGGGAAUCUCUCCUUAGUUGGAGGAGAAAGGCAAGAUGCUACAGAUCACUGCCUUGCCAGUAUCACAAGACUAUCUAAUGAAGUCGCCGAUGCUACGAAUUACCUUCCAGCAUAUGACCAGAGAACUUAUUCGCAGGCAAUCAAAGGUCUCUCGGAGAACCUUCAAGAGGCGAAAGCCAAGGCUGCACCAAGAACUAGAUUCCGGUUUACUUCAAGCAAGAACAAUUCCGCUGUUUCUAUCAAUGAUGCCGCUCAGCUAGCUCAGGAAAGUCUUAACGCUACUUUAAAGGCUUCUAUGUUGUCUUCUACUGAAUCAUCAAUGGCAACCACGCCAGCUAAUUUGAUGACACCACCCGGCGAGGAAAGUGCUAGAGAUAUCGUUGGAGAUUUGCCUUCAUUCUCAAAGAAUUACAAUGCCGAAAUGGCCACUGCCUCUGGUCCAAUUCGAAAGCCGAGUUUCUCAGAAGCAAGCACCAUCAAUAUUACAGGUCAUACUGGUCUUCACAUCAUCCUACCUUCCUCAGCAUCCCGUGCAACCUCAUCUGGUGCCAUAACAAAACUUAAUGGGUGUAUUGUUGAUAUGUCAGUCCCAACGGCCAACGGUGCUCCUUUUGCUGGGCUUUCCUUGAAGAAUAUCAAGCAUUCUUUAGUCAUAGCCGGACAUGUUGCGGGAGCAGCACAUAUUACCGGCGUCGAGGAUAGUAUAAUCGUUGUCACGUCAAGACAAGUCAGAAUGCAUGAUUGUAAAAAUGUUGACAUAUACCUGCAUUGUGCUAGCAGGCCCAUCAUUGAGGACUGUAGCAAUGUGAGGUUCUCGCCUAUCCCAAAUUCGCAGAAAGUUGCAGAUGAAUCGGUCAAGAAUCAAUGGGAUCAGGUUGAUGACUUCAAAUGGCUUAAAGCAGAGCAUAGUCCGAACUGGAGCAUCUUACCAGAAGAUGAGAGAUUAAAAGAGGAAAUUUGGACAGAUGUCAUACCAGGAGGACCCGGAGUUGGACUUGAUGAUAUACUGAAGAAGAUUGGGCUUACUGGACGAUAA